AUGGAGAUUUAUCUCCAAUCACUCAUUUGGAUUCUAGCUUUAGUGCUCGCAAUCUACCCGAUUCCAUUGGAACUCUACAAUCCUGAAGCAGAUCUCUGCACCCUUCAGUCAGUGCCACCAGAUUGCUCUGGAGAUGACUGCAUUCGAGGGUCUGACCCUUUGAUUCCUCUCCUCAUUGGUAUUGCAGCACCACUGGUCUGUCUAUUUGUGAGUAUGAGCAUCAUGGUCGCCAUUGCCACAGAAGUAAGGAAAUUGGAGAACAAGAGCCGGAAGUAUGGAGCAAGUAGCAUUAUGAUCCGACCACCAUUCAGUGCGGAAGCUGAAGGUAUGGCUCCAAGCAGCAGCGCUGAAAGCAUGGUCCCGCGUGGCAGUGCUGGAGCCAGUGUGAACAGUGGCAAUGCUUCUGAUUUCUUCAUGGGUGAUGUUCCCAGCAGUCGUGUGGCAGUGCGGCGCACAUUAGUGGAAGUGGACCGACGCAAGUCCCAAGCAGUGAUCACGCAAGCUAUCUGCUACGCUAUUGCUUUUCUUAUGACCUACCUGCUGUCCUACAUCUCAAUAAUUUCAUACUAUGCAACUGGUAGCUGGAAUGACAUUUUGCAUAUCUUUGCAUUUGCUGUCUUUGGACCUUCUGCUGGGACUUUUAACUACAUUGUUUUUGCCGGGUUGAGGAUGAUGAAGACACAAGAGGGGAAACUACUGAAAACCAUUUUUUGCUGUACGUGCUUGCAAAAGGAUCAGGAGACUGCUCGUACCAGUUCCAGCCAACGCAGAUCACGAAAAUCUAGUCAACAACAGCAACAACAACUGAAUGCAAUGCCCGGGGAAGCUGAUACUCCAAAUCAAAAUCAAGUGGAGUUUCAGCAGGCCUUGUGA